AUUCUCUAAAGUUAUCAGUCAGGCCAUUUUAUAGAAUUAUAGUAACCAUUAUUUUAUUUAUUUGUGCGAUCAUCAGACGUACCGAUGACUUUCCUGCUCAACCAUAUAUACUGCCAUUAAACCAGCUUUGUACUUCGCUUGGCAAGAGGAUCAAUUCAGAGCCAAAUGCUGCAGAAAAUGAGAUACCAACAAACCCUUCAAUACCCUAGUUUUCUCAGUUUUCUCUGUUCUGUUUUCUUUCUCUCCUUUGCAACUUCAGCAACCAAUAACUUUCUUCAAAGGGGUUCUUCUCUCUCAGUUGAAGUUGAUUCAGACCUUCUGGUCUCCCCAGAUAAGUCAUUCACCGGCGGCUUCUAUGCGGUGGGGAAAAAUGCUUACUGCUUCUCAAUUUGGUUCACCAAUUCCAAGGACAGAACUGUUGUUUGGAUGGCAAACAGAGACAAGCCAGUCAAUGGCCGAGGCUCCAGAAUCUCUCUGAGGCGAGACGGCGCCAUGGUCCUAGCCGACGUGGACGGCUCGACCGUGUGGCAGACCAACACCACCGCCACUGAUGUUCAAAGAGCCGAGCUUUUGGACUCUGGGAACCUUGCUCUAAAAGACCCACACGGUAAAAUUCUGUGGCAAAGUUUUGAUUUUCCUACAAAUACUCUGCUUCCUAACCAACCCUUUACAAAGAGCAAGAAACUGGUUUCUGCUUCAGGAAGAGGUUCAUAUUUUUCUGGUUAUUUUAGUCUUUACUUUGAUAACGAUAAUGUGUUGAGGUUGAUGUAUGAUGGACCUGAUAUAUCAAGCUUGUAUUGGCCUGAUCCUGAUUUUACCGUGUUCCAAAAUGGAAGAACAAAUUAUAAUAGUAGCAGAAUUGCUAUUUUAGAUGAAAUGGGUACUUUUUUAUCGACUGACAAGUUGCAGUUCAACGCUGCUGACAUGGGUUUUGGGGUCAAAAGGAGGCUGACAAUGGAUUAUGAUGGAAACCUUAGACUUUAUAGCCUAAACAAUUUGUCAGGAUUGUGGGAGGUUUCAUGGGAAGCUCUCACUGAACCGUGUAAAGUGCAUGGGAUAUGUGGGAGAAAUGGGAUUUGUGUUUAUGCACCGCAGGCCCAGUGCUCAUGUCCUCCUGGCUAUGGGGUCACUGAUCCAAGUAAUUGGAACAAAGGUUGCAAGCCCAAGUUCAAUAAAACUUGCAGCCAAGCCAAUGAUGUGAAAUUUGUGGAGCUUGCAAAUGUAGAUUUCUAUGGAUAUGAUCUCGAUUACAGUACAGAAAGUUCAAUUGACUCUUGCAGAAAUCUUUGCUUAGGGGAUUGCCGUUGUGAAGCAUUUAGCUAUAGGCUAACAGGAGAACAGCUUUGUUUCACAAAAAGUGCACUUUUUAAUGGCUUCAGGACUCCAGAUUUUCCAGGCAGUAUAUUUCUAAAAUUGCCAGCAAGUUUGGAAACCACAGAACCCAACAGUACUCUCAUUGCGACCAAUCCAAUAUGUGGGAUCCGUGAAUCUGAAAUUGUGAUAGGGUCUCCUUCCAUGUUUGACAACAAUUCAAAAAAACAGACAUGGGUUUAUCUCUACUCGUUUGUUUCUGCAAUUGGUGCAGUUGAAGUUCUCAUCUUUGUAUUGGGUUGGUGGUUCCUUUUUAGAGGACAUGGCGUGCCCGCUUCACUAGAAGACGGGUACCGUGCGCUUUCAAGCCAGUUCAGGAAAUUCAGUUAUGCUGAACUGAGGAAGGUCACCAAGAAGUUCAAGGAAGAGCUAGGAAGAGGAGCCUCAGGGGCUGUAUAUAAGGGUAUUUUGGCAGAUGAAAGGGUAGUGGCUGUGAAGAGAUUGGGAGAUAUGUAUGAAGGGGAAGAAGUGUUUUGGGCAGAAAUAAGUACUAUUGGGAGAAUCAAUCACAUGAACCUUGUUAGAAUGUGGGGAUUCUGUUCAGAACGUGGACACAGAAUUCUGGUGUAUGAGUAUGUAGAAAAUGGAUCAUUGGACAGACACUUAUUCCCCCCUAAUUUCCUUGGAUGGAAAGAGAGGUUUAAAGUUGCAUUAGGAACAGCAAAAGGGUUGGCUUAUCUUCAUCAUGAGUGUCUAGAAUGGGUUAUCCACUGUGAUGUGAAGCCUGAAAAUAUACUUCUGGACAGUGAAUUUGAAGCAAAGAUUGCAGAUUUUGGGCUUGCAAAGUUGUCUCAAAGAGGAAGCCCCAGCUCAGGAUUUUCUCGGAUUCGAGGGACAAAAGGGUACAUGGCUCCGGAAUGGGCUUCGACUCUUCCUAUCACAGCAAAAGUUGAUGUUUAUAGUUAUGGAGUUGUGAUUUUGGAGAUGUUGAAGGGAAUUAGGUUAUCAAGCUGGGUGGUAAACAAUAGCACUGAGGAGCAGGAACCGGAGUUGACGAGGUUUGUUAGGAUAGUGAAAGGGAAAAUUCAAUGCAGAGAAGACGAUUCAUGGAUAGAGAAAAUAGUGGAUCCAAGAUUGGAAGGGCAGUUUAGCAGGAGGCAGGCAACAACAAUGGUUGAAAUUGGCAUUUCCUGUGUGGAGGAAGACAGAAACAAAAGACCAGCAAUGGCUUCGGUUCUCCAACUUCUACUAGAAUGUGAAGAAUAGGGGCGGGUAUGUUAACCAUUAUCGCUUACUGAUCGCCUUUCGGCUGUUAGUAGGUAGAAUAAAAGUAUUAUUUUGACGUUUGUUCGGUUCAGUGGAUGGUAGAUUUUUUUUUUUUUUUUUUUUGGCCGGUAAACGACUUAACCGAUUUUCAAGUGAAAUUUGAAUUUUAUAUGGUAGGUUUUUUU